CGGUCUCUCGCUCAGAGCUCCCGCCGCGGCCGGCCGGAGGGACGUCGUCGAUAUCAAUCCCUAACUCGCUAGCUGCGCAUACAUCGUACGCACGUACCUAGCUUAACAAUAAUCACGCCAUGGGGAAGCGCAGCGCCCCCCGCUACCCGGAGGACGAGAACAAAGGCGGCGGCGUGUGCUGCUGCUUGUGCGGCUGCUGCUGCUUCCUCUUAGUCCUCGUUGCAUUAUUUGUCGGCUCGUCGGUCUACCUCGUCUACACCUUGAAGCCCAAGGCGCCGUCCUACUCCGUGAGCAAGAUGGCCGUCUCGAAGUUCGACUUCAGCUCCUCCGACCUCACGCUCUACACUAAGCUCGUCGCCACCGUCCGCGCCGAGAACCCCAACGACAAGAUCGGCAUCAAGUACGCGGACGGCUCCCGCACCGUCGUCUCCUACCGCGGCACGCCGCUGUGCUCCGGCAAACUCCCCACCUUCUUCCAGGGCCACAACAACGUCACCAUGCUGGAGAUCUCCAUGGAGGGGCGCCACGGGUUCGGGUCCGGCCUGCAGGAGGCGCUGGAGGAGAGCGAGAAGGCCGGCAACGUGCCGCUCGACGUGUACGUCACCGUGCCGGUGCAGCUGCUGCUGGAUACCUACGACUUGCCGCAGCUCAAGGUGAACGUGCACGCGGCUCUCGUCGUCGACAGCAUAUCGCCCAAGAAGCCGCCUACCAUCAAGUCGGCCACUUACCAGGGCAACGUAGAGUACUGAUGUGGUACUCAAUUACCGGAGGGCUGGGUUAAUUAACUACUCAAGCAGGAAUUAACCUUUUACUCUUCGACAUAUUCGUUGGUUGAUUGUCCAGUGGAGCUGGGGAGGAAUGUAUACACAUGUUUGUACUGUGAUGUAACCUCUAAUUAACGCUGUAGUCAAAUGGGUUCCAAAUCAUAUUAUUUGAUUUGUUUCGUCAACGUGGAUUUCCCACGUGGAGUGGACGUCCAAGGAUUAUCUAAUGAUCCUGAGCAUCUCGAGAUUUGUGGGAUCCUUUCUCGUAUAUUUUUUGACAAAAUCUAUGAAACACACGCA